UUAAAUAAAGCAGGAAGAAAUUGCAAUCCGAUCCGGGCGCGGCCUUAUAUAAGUCAAUCUCAUCAAUCUCGCGGUCAGUCUUCCUCUUCUUCCUCCUCCAGCUAGAGGGAGCGGGAUAGCUGGCUAGCAACAUGCGGGGCGCCGUGCUCGUCGCCAUCGCCGCGGCGAUCGGCAACAUGCUCCAGGGAUGGGACAACGCCACCAUCGCCGGCGCCGUGCUGUACAUCAAGCGCGAGUUCCACCUCGAGUCGCAGCCCGCCAUGGAGGGCCUCGUGGUCGCCACCUCGCUGAUCGGCGCCACCGUCAUCACCACCUUCUCCGGCCCCGUCUCCGACUCCGUGGGCCGCCGCCCCAUGCUCAUCGCCUCGUCGGUGCUCUACUUUCUCGCCGGCCUCCUCAUGCUGUGGUCGCCCAACGUGCACGUGCUCCUGCUGUCGCGCCUCGUGGACGGCUUCGCCAUCGGCCUCGCCGUCACUCUCGUCCCCGUGUACAUCUCCGAGACGGCGCCGCCCGAGAUCCGGGGCCUGCUUAACACGCUGCCGCAGUUCACCGGCUCCGGCGGCAUGUUCCUCGCCUACUGCAUGGUGUUCGCCAUGACGCUGGCGGCGCAGCCCGAGUGGCGGCUGAUGCUCGGUGCCCUCUCGCUGCUCUCGCUGCUCUACCUGCUCCUCACCGUGUGGUACCUGCCCGAGUCGCCGCGCUGGCUCGUCAGCAAGGGCAGGAUGAAGGAGGCCCGGGCCGUGCUCCAGAUGCUCAGGGGCCGGGACGACGUGGCCGGGGAGAUGGCGCUGCUCGUCGAGGGCCUGGGCACCGCCGGGGACACGGUCAUCGAGGAGUACAUCGUCGGGCCGGGGCCGGCCGAUGAUGGUGGUGGCGAGGCCGGCGACAGCAAGGUGACGCUGUACGGGCCCGAGCGCGGCAUGUCGUGGGUGGCGCAGCCGCUGCCGCUGGGCGCCGGCGGGCAGGGCAGCAUGCUGGGCAGCGCCAUCGGGGUCGGGCUGGGCUCGCGGCAGGGCAGCGUGCUGGACCACCUCCGGGACCCCGUCGUGGCGCUCCUCGGCAGCGUGCACGACCUCAAGGCCGCCGCCGCCGCCCCAGCUGCUGAGGGGGGCAGCAGCAUGCUCUUCUCCAAGUCCAACCUCGGCAGCAUGCUGAGCUUCCACGACAAGGCGCCGCCCGUGGACUGGGACGACGAGGAGAGCGGCGAGCAGCUGGCGGCGUCGGACGACGAGGGUGUCCGCGCGCCGCUGCUGGACGCCCGCAGCAGCAUGCACGAGCACGAGACGGCGACGACGAUGGGCAUCGGCGGCGGGUGGCAACUGGCGUGGAAGUACGCGCCGGAGAGCGGCGGCGUGGUGAAGAGGAUGUACCUGCACGAGGAGGCGGGCGGCGGCGAGGGCGGUGUGCACGCGGCAGCGCUGGUGAGCCAGUCGGCGCUGCACCUGCACCUUCACGGCACGGCGAAUCAGGAGGAGGACGAGGAGCACGGGCCGGCGCCGGCGCACCCUGCGGCGGCGGAGCAGAGCUCAAGCUGGCGCGAGCUCCUGAUGGCGCCGGGCGUGCGGCACGCCCUGGUGUGCGGCGUCACAAUGCAGGUCCUGCAGCAGUUCUCGGGCAUCAACGGCGUGCUCUACUACACGCCGCAGAUCCUGAAGCAGGCCGGCGUGAGCGUGCUCCUGGCCAGCCUGGGCCUCGGCGCCGACUCCACCUCCAUCCUCAUCAGCGGCCUGACGACGCUGCUGAUGCUGCCGGCCAUCGGCGUGGCGAUGCGGCUCAUGGACGUGUCGGGCCGGCGCAGCCUGCUGCUGUGGACGCUCCCGGUGCUGAUCGCGUCGCUGGUGCUGCUGGUGGCGGCGAGCGUGGUGCCCAUGGCGGCGGCGGCGCACGCGGCGGUGGCCACGGGGAGCGUGGUGGUCUACCUGUGCUGCUUCGUCAUGGGGUUCGGGCCCAUCCCCAACAUCCUGUGCGCGGAGAUCUUCCCGACGCGGGUGCGCGGGCUGUGCAUCGCCAUCUGCUCGCUGGCCUUCUGGCUCGGCGACAUCGCCGUCACCUACAGCCUGCCGGUGAUGCUCAACUGGGUGGGGCUCACGGGGGUCUUCGGCUUCUACGCCGUCGUCUGCUGCCUGGCGCUGGGGUUCGUGGCGCUGCGCGUGCCGGAGACCAAGGGGCUGCCGCUCGAGGUCAUCAUCGACUUCUUCAACGUCGGAGCCAGAGUCACUUUAGAUGAUGAGAUUAGCACUUGA